CAGUGGGGGGAGGGGCUGAUCUGUUACGUUACAAUUUUCUCCUGAUUCUAGAUCCUAAUCCUAUAAAAGUUACAAAGAAAUCUGAAUGGCAUCUUUUGCAGAUGAGAAGCCACUCACAGAAGCAAACCUCCCUGCCACUGCAGCUAGGGGGAGGUUCCAUGGGAAGGUUGCCAUUAUCACUGGAGGAGCCUCAGGCAUUGGAAGAGCCACAGUGGAACGAUUAGCAAUUGAAGGAGCUACGGUGGCCAUAUUCGAUGUGAAUGAUUUGUUAGGUGAAAAAACAAAAUCGGAAUUGACGGCUCGAGGUCUGAACGUGCAUUUCUACAAAGUGGAUGUCUCAGACAAAGACAAGUGUGUUGAGAGUGUGAAAUCUUUCGUCGAAUCUACUUCAAAAGUCAACUAUCUUGCCAACUGUGCUGCUUUCUUUGGCUGCAAAGCACUCGAUGCUGAGAAGAAAGAUUGGGAUAAGACGUUUAGUGUGAAUGUGAUCGGCUACUCUAACAUGGUCCAGGCCUGCUAUCCCUACAUGAGCAAGCUGCCAGGAGACAAGUCCAUCGUUAACAUUGCCAGUGUAUCAGGGCAUAGAGUGCAGCCAUCUCAUUGGACGUAUUCCUCCUCAAAGGGUGCUAUACUUACCAUGACCAAAUGCAUGGCUCUUGAUUUGGCUAAAGACAAGAUUCGUGUGAACUCUGUUAGUCCUGCUUGGGUGUGGGGACCAGAAGUUGCCAAAGCUGCUGGUGGAGAUCGAGAGAAAUGGGAGCCUAUUUGGGGGCCCUUCCACAUGAUUCGACGGCUAGCUGAGCGUUCUGAAAUUGCAAGUGCAAUCUGUUUCCUUCUCUCUGAAGAUGCCUCGUGUAUCACUGCCACUGACCUUCCUGUGGACGGUGGAUAUUUAGCGAUGGGUCCAGAGGGACUGGGGGAGAACACAGUGUUUGCUGGUAGUGAUUAUUGAUUGAUUCUUGUCUUAUUUUUGUGAAGACUUUCAUGAAUCUGAAGCCAGUGAAGGCGACUUCAUAUUGAA